CGUAGGCGCGCGCGCGCGAAUUUGCUUCCGGCUCCAUCGACUUGUUGGCAAUAUGCCUCACUGCUGUGUCCCCCUUUGUUUAAAUCGAUCAGAGAGUAAAACUGAGACCAAACUGUCUUUCUAUCGCUUUCCUCCGAAAGACAAAGAUAAGAAGAGAUGGCUGCAGUUAAUACGGCGUGAUGGCUUUACACCAAGCCCCUGCUCAAGGGUGUGCAGUUGGCAUUUUCCAAAUGGCAAAGCUGCUGGCCCAUCACGUUUUGCUUGGAACGAGGGGAAGACUUUCCCAGGCCACCUCAGCCUUCCACACAAGAAGAGAAAAACAGUACCACUCCCUCCCAGUGGUGAAGAAGGGACAAAUGAACUUGAAUUACAAAAUUCUGACAUUGCAACCGCAGAGCCCCCUAGUACUUCAGACAACCCAACCGCAGACACCCCUGGUACUUCAGACAACCCAACCGCAGACACCCCUAGUACUUCAGACAACCCAACCGCAGACACCCCUAAUACUUCAGACAACCCAACCGCAGACACCCCUGGUACUUCAGACAACCCAACCGCAGACACCCCUAGUACUUCAGACAACCCAACCGCAGACACCCCUCGUACUUCAGACAACCCUUUUAACAGUGUUGCGCUGCUAGAGAUAGAGGUUGACAUGUUGAGAAGAGAGAAUGAAAAAUUGAAAAGAGAAUUGGAGAAACAAAAACAGACCUUUUCCUUCAGCCAAAUAUCUUCCAAUCGUGUCAAAGUAAAAUAUUUCACUGGCUUACCAGAUGUUGCUACCGUCCUGGUUUUGGAAGCACUCUUAUCUAAGUUUGAGCUACAAUAUCAUUCGAAUUGGACAAGAAUGCGUCUUCGCCUACAACUGUAUGAUUUAACAGUCAAGUACAGGAGAGGGAAGGACAUGGAGCUGCCUGACACGCUAUCCAGAGCACAGCUUCCAGAGCGCACGCCUGAGAUGGAUGGCCUAGAGUGUGUCUCCAUGAUCAACUUUGUUGCAGUUAGGGACCAGAAGUACACAGAACUGCAGGAGCGCACAAAAGAAGAGCUAAGCUGUCUCCAACAGACAAUUCAGCAUGGCGGGCCAGAACACAGACGUCGCACCACCAUAGAGACUCUGAAAGCUCAGUUCAGCAGGCAUGGUAUCCCUGCCACUCUACGGACAGACAAUGGUCCGCAGUAUUUCUCAGAGGAAUUUAAAGACUUCUGCAAGAGUUAUGCUUAUGACCCUCUCAAAGUAAAGUGUCUGCUGGACAAAAGUAAAGACAUCCAAAAGUUCUACUAUGACCACAAGAGAGCAGGCAAACCUCAUGUUGCCCUUAAGCCUGGGGAUGUGGUCCUCCAGUGCAUUCAGAACCGAAACCCGAUUCUUCAGGUAGGAGAUAUUUCUCUGGAUGUUGAGGCUGCAAACAUCAAGUCACUGCAAGAUGAAAUACAGGGUAUUCGCAAUGAAUGGGACUCCCUGCUCGCCGAAGACUCCCUGGUAGCGCAAGAAAGGGAGAUCCCUGCUGAAUUUCGGAGUUAA